AUGCAAUAUAACCGCGACCAGCUUAGCUGGCCACCCUUCGAAGACACAUUCAUCAAUCCUAAUUAUCCUGAAGAAUUCUCCGGCCAAAACACACAAAGCUACCAGGAAGCAAUAUCGUACCCAACUACAGCUACUACUGGAGCUUUCAUAUCUCCUUUUCAUGUAUUGGCACUUCCUUCCUUGCCUUCAAGUACCUUCAUCUCUUCCAAUGACCCAAGGCUUCGAUCGCUGUCAUAUGGCUCGGUUGAACCGAGUACCCCAGUACAAUGUCAUAUCCCCUCGUCCAUCAGUCCUCGAGAUCUACACCUUCCACGGGCAUCAGACCAUAAUACACUCGAGGUGACGAUCGCCAACCAUGAAGAAGAUGAUGAAGAAGAAGAAGAAGAAGAGGAAGAAGAGGAAGAAGAGGAAGAGGGAGACGGGUUGGAAGCUCUCCAUUCUCAGUCUCAGUCUCAAACUCGGUUUCAAGAGGUCGAUAUUCCUUCUUCCGACGACGAGCGGACCCAUUCCGACGAAGAUGGGGAAAUGAUGAAAGCGGAUUUCGGUCAACCUGUCCGUUCGAAUAACAUCUUCCUUACGUCGACGAUCAAUGAUCAUUUGAAUUCCGAUACAAACCCAGCCCUUCAGCUCACCAGAUCUAGCUCGACCUCGUCGACUCAAUAUCAGAGAGCAAAACUACUAGCACCCGCUCCUGAUAUCAAGUCACGUAAAGACAAACACCAAAUUGACAAACUUACAAGGACAUUCAAGACUAUCAAAGAUAAGAAGACCACGUCAGGUCGAAAAUUGUUGAUUACAAAGAAGAAAGGGGCCCAAGCUAGAUCGACUAAAGUCAAAUCAUCUGGUCCUCCGAAGAAGACCGCUGGUCAAAGCAAAAAAUCAACUCUUCCUCCCAUUCCCUUAUCUACACCACAAGGCGCUCCGCUUCCUUAUGAACAGAGCCCCCUUGCCAGUACAAAGGUCAAAGCUUCCUCGCAAAGAUUGGGGAAGAUCACUGGUACUGAUCGACAUACCAAGUCGUCCAGAAGCGGCAAACCUGAAGCAAAAGCCUCGCGUUGUAAUAAUCCAUUAGCAGACAACACUGGCGUUGUUGAUAUCGCUGGCGAUCAACUCCGUCGCCCAAGCACAAGAAAGGCUGUCAAAAUCAGCCACCUCCAUCCUUCCUCCACCGCUGCCUCGUCAUCAACAACGUCAGCGCCCUCGGUAGUGGAUGAUGAUGAUUACUCCCCUUCUGCUUGCUCAAAUUUUACCGAAGUUGCGGAAGAUCACCUUCAGAAAAAGAACCAAAACAAGGCAAAAAGAGGCGCAGAAGCCGAUUUGUCCAAUUCACCGAUCAACAAGAAGUUGAGGAUCGCAUCUUCAUCCAACAAGUCUUGUCCAAAGAAGAACAAAACUAGAGGAGGUCAGUCCUACCAUCCUGGUAGGCAAGAGCAGAACCAGCGAGCUCAGCAGAAAUAUCGGGAGAAGGUCAAGGAGAGGAGCGAACUGGCCAUCGAGUGUUUGAUUAAGAUUUUCAAUCUUGAAAACACCAAGCUCACAAUUGAACAAAGGGAAACUAAGACCGAAGAAAUCAAAAAGAAGUUUCUCUAUGAUGUUCUCGACCUAUGCUCGGCAGAGAUUUGGGGACCCGAUGAAACGAAGACAAAUUUGAAUGAAUCGAAAAGAUAG